UGUAUAAGGUGAGAUCUCCUGAGAAAAUGUUUGACCCAAUUAAUUAUAAAAGUGUUAUUUAGGGUAGAAAAGUCCAUGAAAAUUGAGUCCAACUGAUUCAUAGUCAUUCAUAACAACCAAUUUCCUUAUAUAAUGAGUCUUAGAGGUCAAAGUGAAUUAUUGAUGUUCUUGUAAUUAGUCGGUCAGCCGCUGGGGGGCAGCAUCGGUUUAUGAAGCGCAAAGCCUGCAGGAAAUUUAACAGGGAAGAAGUUUGAUUGUUUUUAAGAGUUUGUAGCAACAGGUGGUUGUUUUGCUUUCUUCACUUUAUAUAUCUUUGUUUUUUGUUUUAUAAUGACUUUAUUUUCAUGGAAUCGAGCGAUUGUCACUGUAAACGUUCACGUUUUUCUCUAAAUUCGCACCAAACCGCGUUUUUUCUGAAGCUGAUUCAAGCGAAAGCGGGAAGUUUGAACGGAGUUAGCUAACUUUAGCCCACAUGCUAACAGGUAAAGGCUCACCUGUCGACAUGUUCUCGUCCUCCUCCCCUUCCCUUCCUCACGGCCACAGUUCGGUUCGGUCCUCGUGCGGUUCGGAAACCGCAGAGGUUUUGCUGCGUUCCACUCGGGUUCUUCUUUCGGACCGGAGCCGUGGGUCCGAAUCAGGUCCUCGAUCCGUCCACAUCAGUGUACAGAAGCUACCGGACUCUACAGGGGUUAGGCCGAAGCGAACCGAACCGGAACCAAAACCGAAGAAGCAUACACAUCCUCCAGGGAGCCCGGAGGUAGAACCGGAGCCAGGGUCUUCCUCGCCCGCAGAUGAAGACGUGCUGACAUCGCGCUUCACAGCCGGAGGUCGAGGAGUCGUUCUGGGAGCUCUGAGGAGGCGCUCCAACAGCGCCUCCAACAGGAAGGAGGUGCGAGUGCAGCUGCUCGACCGCAGGACAAAAAAUCCCCAGAACAAUUGUCAAGCUGCAGCUGGGAUCGGGGUGCAGACGGAGACAACUGCUCCUCCCAUCGGGGCUCCGUCGGAUUUGGAGACUCGCGUGUCUCGACUACUUGAAGACAUCCACAACCUGCUGGACUCUCACAGGAGGGACGACAGCAUGGGGCGGAGCCUGAGCCAGCAGACGCUGCAGCACCUGGACGCUCUGCAGAGGCAGCAGCUGCAGCUGCAGGGCCAACUGCUGGAGUCAGCACUCAAGAUAGUGACAGGCCACGCCUCCCCGGCCUCUGAUGUCACACCUUCGGUCCGCCCACAGCGUCUCCAGGUUACAACAGUGAACGGCGACUGCUGCCGGCAGCACGGCUGCUCGACGCACGGACGUCUCCCCGUCGGCACCGCGGCCCCCGAUACGCCCCCCGUUACCAUGGAAACACACCACCGUGACAGCAGGCCCCAGCAGCUAACCAGAGUCGGAGAUGGUCGGCGGCGUCGGAGCGAUCCGAGCGUUUCUGCCGAGGAAGCUCUCGACCUGCAGGCUUUGGCCGGUCAAAGCCAGGAGGCAGCGCGGCGAGCCCAGGAGAUGCUGAGGGAGAUGCAGCGGCUGAAGACGGAGAUGAAGACGCUGAUGACACAGCCUCAAGAACCCACAGAACUCACCAGGCCAGAAACAAAACACCUCCAGGUUCAGCCUCAGUCUAAAGACGAGCCCCAUCAGAACCAGUCCCAUCAGAACCAGCCCAACGACAACCACUCCAGACAACGUCAGUCUAACCAAACAGCACAGCAACAAACCCACCCCCCUUACCACCAGGCCCAGCCUCAGGAGAACCCGACCCAUCAGAACCAGCACCAUCAACCUCAGCAACAGUCUCAUCAGCCCCAUUUCCAACCAGACCAGUUUCACUCCAGACAAUCUCAGUCCAACCGAGCCGCACCGCAGCAGAACCACCCCCCAUACCACCAAAGCCUGUUCCAUCAGGAGAACCCGACCCGUCAGACCCGGUCUGAGCUGCUCCAGAGGAGACCCGCGGCCCCGUCAAAGCUGGAGGAGGCGGGCCGGGUCCUCCGUCAGGCUCAGAGGCAGAAAAAGGUUCUGGAGGAGAACCUGGAGGUUCUGCUGAAAGCCCGAACAGGAGAGGUCCUCCACUGCCAGCUGCAGGCUCUGACGGCGAACAGAGACUACACCGAGGAGGUCCGGAUCAAGAAGGCCGUGGACGCCUGGAUCAGCGUUCUAAACCGAGACACUCAGACUCACGGAUCUCCUGCUCAGAGGUCCACAGAGGAUGCCGUCAGAUCAGCUGAUCCUGAGGGAUCACACCAGAGGGCUGCUGGGAGAGCGAAGCCAGUGAGCACGCUCAGAGGCGCUGGACGGAAACCGGGGAUGGCAGGACCCAACAGAGCGUCCCGAGGAGCCAAAAAGCUGCAGGAGGCGGAGCCUAUCAAAGUCACGAAUAAGCAGCAGCUGGAGUCAGACGCUGAGGCAUUCCUCGCUCGGUUGUACGGCAAAGUUCCUCACGAGGGUCUAAGGAGAACGCUGAAGAAGAGCCCGUACCCUCGCUUCAGCUCGCCUGCAUCGCCACUCGGCAGGAGGCCCCGCCCCCGGCUGGUGGAGAGCGUCAGAGGUGUGAAGCUAAAGUCCUGCAAGACUCAGACCAGUUAUGCUCCGCCCCAACUUCUGGCUCCUCCCAUUGCACCUCUGCAACCACACUCUCCUCUCAGCCCGUCACACUUCUCAUCGCCGGACCCUGUUGGCUCAGCGAACCCCGCGGACGGCGUUCCCGUCGGCAUGGCCGUUCCUCUGGGUCGGCCCAGGAUGGACUCCAGGGUUGAGAUUCCUCAGGAAAUGACAUCAUCGCCUGCUGUUCCUGCCUCCACUGAUGUGGUUACUGUGGAAACCAGAGUACCUGAACCACAGAAGCAGCAUAUGGAACCAGCUGAAGCUCCGCCCCCUUCAUCUGUGGAUAUUUUUGAGGGACAAAGUGAAAAAGAGGAGGAGGAGGAGGAGGAGGAGGGAGCAGCCAUUCCUCCUGACAACACUCAGGAGGAGGCGAGCGGAGUGACGGAGGAGGCGCUGGUUCUGGAUGGAGGUCCGACUCCCUCUCCGGUUCUGUACCACGGACCAGCCUUCCCCCCGACAGCCCUGUCCCCCCCCACCGCCCAGGAUCUGAGCGUCGGCCGGCAGCAGGCGUCUCUGGAGGCCCGGCUGGUGGAGUGGGUGGAGCAGCAGCUGAUGUCCAGAAUUAUUUCAGAAAUGUACCGCCCCCCUCCCCCCGAUCCGGUCCACAGCUACGUCUCCGACCAAUCAGAGCUGGAGGAGCGGAGCCUCGCCUCAGACAUCGUGGAAGCUGCUGGAGGUGAAGGUCUGCAGCUCUUCGUCGACACAAACACACCUGUGGACUCGGACUUGAUCAGACAGCUGGUCAGUGAGGUUCUGACCGAGACCAUAACUCAGAUGUUUGGUGAGAGAGCAGCACCAGAACCAGAACCUCAACCUGAAGAGGAGUCUCUGAAAGCAGCAGGAGGAGAAGCUGAGAUGGAGGAGAACAUGGUUCCUCUGGUUCCUCUGGUUCCUACACCAGUUCUGACCCCAGAACCCAGCAUGACUCGGUCCAGCAGAAACCCCUCACCAAUAACCACCCCCCCUCCAUCCCAACCAUCCAGCCCGGCGAGCCAGGCCCCCCCACAGUCAAUCUCAGGAACAGACCCAGUGGCCACGCCCACCAAUAGCCCAGAGCCCCGCCUCUCCGAACAAACCCCAUCUGAUGUUCACCAGGCCCCGCCCCCACUCCACUGGGAAGACUCCGAGCUGCCAUUGGAUGAGGAGAAACCGGAGGAGGUCAUGAUGGAGAACAAACAGCAGCUGAUCAUGUCAGUAGCAGAGGAGGAACCCCCUCUCAUCUCCCCGUUUCCUCCUCCACCUCCUCCUCCUCCUCUGUCUCCUGCGCCUUCUCUGCCAGCUGGAUCUCCCUCCAGCUCCUCGGAGGAGCCCACAGGAAGCUCCAGCAGCUCCAGCACAGUCACGGCUGAGACGGAAGCCGCUCUGAAGCACAUCUCUGAGGGGGAGCUGCUCAUCAGCAUCAACCAGCAGGAGCUCCUGACGGCAGAAAACGGCAGUUUCUCCAGCUCUCUGCAGGAGGUGCAGGACAUGGAGUUCGACACUUUGACUUCUGGGGAGGUGCGAGGAGGUGACCCUCAGCUCCUGAUGUCUCAGACGGUCUCACACACAGGAAGCGGCCUGCAGCUGGAGACGGAGGAGGAGAUGAGCUUGGGGGAGGUGAGGGACUACGAGACUCCAGGACUGCAUCGGUCUACAAACACGGGCCUCCAGGAGAACAUCUACCUCCACCAGACUGCAGACCUGGAGGAGCCAGGAGUCACUGAGAGGGACGUCCAGGAGUCCUCCAUCAGACCACACCAGGAGCCGAGAGCAGACUCGGAUUCCUCAACCAACGACAUCUUCUGAUUAAAUACCGGUUUAAACAAGAACACGGUGAGGUGAUGCAUUCACUGACCACUGGGAUCAAAUAAACAACUCUCCGUUGUUCCUUUGA